UAACGCUGUGUUGGAGUUAGAAAAACACCAGAAAGGGUAAACAAACAACCGGAGAAAACGAUAAAACAGGCUCACAACAACAACAACCCACAGCGCACUCAAAUCUCAAAGGGAGAGGCCAGAAUUCUACGCCAUACGUUGAUUUCACCCUUCUCCUUCAGGUGUUAAAUGCCGCUGCACACAAGUGAUCAUAAUACACGGAACAGCAGCGUCUCUUCCUUUGAUCAACAGUUUGACGAUUCGCUUGACGCUGCGUUGGCCAACUUGGAAUCGAACCCUUUCACUGAUAGCCGAUCAAACGUUUCAAGGUCAUCGGAUAUCAACCUCCCAGGCUCCAACAGCAUACCGCUACAGAAUAUGAACUCGAAUAUUCAGAGGAAGGACUCGUUUGACGAAGCGCUUGGUGAUAAUGCCCCACUGAUUGUGUCCGGGGCAAAUACACCGCAACGCUCCUUCUCACAGGGCGGCAGCUUCUUGACGAAGGCUCUGAACGCUCUAAGGAUCUACAAGGCCUCUAAGAGCCCUUCGAGUGUGCUGCUGACUGAACAGCACGUUGAUCGUACCGUGUACCCUGGUGUGGGUGGGUCAAAAUAUCCCUCGAAUGCCAUUUCCAAUGCGAAAUACAACCCAGUGACGUUUAUCCCGCUGAUUCUGUACGAGCAGUUCAAGUUCUUCUUCAACCUCUACUUCCUCCUUGUGGCAUUAUCACAGGCAAUUCCUGCCCUGAGAAUCGGCUAUCUCUCGACAUACGUGGUGCCUUUGGCGUUUGUCCUUGUGGUGACUAUGAGUAAAGAGGCCAUGGACGACAUCCACAGAAGAAGAAGGGAUAUGGAGGCCAAUAGCGAGCUUUAUGAGGUUAUCGGUAGACCUAAGUUGGUUCCUUCGAAGAACUUGGAAGUUGGUGAUUUGGUCAAAGUCCAUAAGGACACUAGAAUACCCGCUGAUAUGAUUCUCCUACAAUCUAGCGAAUCUACCGGGGAGAGCUUUAUCAAGACGGAUCAAUUGGACGGUGAGACUGAUUGGAAGCUGAGAAUUGCAUGUCCGUUAACACAGAACUUGGCACUCGAAGAGUUGGAUCAUGUCAUGAUUACUGCUGGUGCCCCAGAUAAAUCUAUCCAUAGCUUUGUUGGAAAACUAAAUUGUGAUGACCAACAAGCUGGCUUGACCAUUGACAAUACCAUGUGGGCAAACACAGUUCUCGCAUCUGGAACAGCCAUCGGGUGUGUUAUAUAUACGGGAACUGAUACACGUCAAGCAAUGAAUACAACAAAAUCUGGUGUCAAGACUGGUCUCUUGGAGUUGGAGAUCAAUAGACUCUCCAAAAUUCUUUGUUCGUGUGUUUUCCUUUUAUCCUUUGGACUUGUCGCUAUCAAUGGAUUCGGUGAUGCUUGGUACUUAGACGUUAUGAGAUUCUUGAUCUUGUUCUCUACCAUCAUUCCUGUCUCAUUGAGAGUUAACUUGGACCUUGCGAAAUCUGUUUAUGCGUAUCAGAUAGAGCAUGAUGAUUCUAUCGAAGAGACUAUCGUUAGAACCAGUACUAUUCCUGAGGAUUUGGGGAGAAUUGAGUAUUUGCUUUCUGAUAAAACUGGUACAUUAACGCAAAAUGAUAUGGAGUUGAAGAAGUUACAUUUGGGUACAGUUUCCUACGCUGGUGAUACCAUGGACAUUGUCUCAGACUAUGUGGCUUCUACACCUUCUAAACCGGUAACCAACAGAAGGGAUAUGGGUAACAGAGUACGUGAUCUCGUAACAACUUUGGCGAUCUGUCACAACGUCACGCCUACUUUGGAUGGAGAUGAAGUCACAUAUCAGGCAGCAUCACCGGAUGAAAUUGCGAUUGUGAAGUUCACAGAACAUGUUGGUCUUUCUCUGUUCAGACGUGACCGUCAUAGCAUGACCCUUGUACGUGCAAGCACUGGCGAAAACCUACAGUUCGAUAUUCUCCAGCUCUUCCCUUUCAACUCUGAUACGAAAAGAAUGGGUGUUAUUGUACGCGACAAAAAGAAGAAUGAAUAUUGGUUUCUUGAAAAGGGGGCUGAUACAGUCAUGAGUAAAAUUGUCCAAAGCAACGAUUGGUUGGAUGAAGAAACCAGUAACAUGGCAAGGGAGGGUCUGAGAACGUUAGUGGUUGGUAGAAAGGCCUUAACAGAGAAACUUUACCACACUUUUAAAGAGAAAUAUGAUGAAGCAUCAGCAUCCAUGACUAAUAGAGACGCAGAAAUGCAAAGAGUUAUUGGGCAAUAUUUGGAAAGUGACUUGGAACUUCUUGGUCUGACUGGUGUCGAAGAUAAAUUACAAAAGGAUGUCAAAUCGUCCAUUGAGAUCUUGAGAAAUGCAGGUAUUAAGAUUUGGAUGUUAACGGGUGACAAGGUUGAAACGGCUCGUUGUGUUUCUGUAAGUGCAAGAUUGAUAACUAGGGGUCAAUAUGUGCAUACCAUAACACGUAUGUCAAGAUCUGAGCAUGCGAUGGAUGCAUUAGAAUAUCUCCGUAUCAAUAAGAACUCAUGUCUUCUAAUUGAUGGAGAGUCGCUUGGAUUGUAUAUGAAACAUUAUAGACAGGAGUUUUUUGAUAUUGUUGUUCAUCUCCCUUGUGUCAUUGCCUGUCGUUGUACCCCUCAGCAAAAGGCUGAUGUUGCUGUUUUCAUCAAAGAAAUUACAAAGAAAAGAGUAUGCUGCAUCGGAGACGGUGGUAAUGAUGUCAGUAUGAUCCAAUCUGCUGAUGUAGGUGUGGGAAUCGUUGGUAAAGAAGGUAAGCAGGCCUCUUUGGCUGCUGAUUUUUCCAUCACACAGUUCUGUCACCUUACAACAUUGUUACUUUGGCAUGGAAGAAACAGUUACAAAAGAUCUGCAAAAUUGGGACAAUUUGUUAUUCACAGAGGUUUAUUAAUCUCGGUUGCACAGGCAAUCUUCUCCAUAACCUCUAGCUAUGAACCAAUUGCCUUGAUCACUGGGUUUUUAAUGGUUGGUUAUGCUACAUGCUAUACUAUGAUGCCUGUCUUUGCACUUGUGUUUGACUGCGAUGUUGAGAAAGAGGUCUGUUUUGUCUUCCCAGAGCUUUACCAUGAGCUAACCAGUGGGAAGUCAUUGAGUUAUGCGACGUUUUUUGUCUGGGUUGCUGUUUCUUUAUACCAAGGAAGUGUCAUUCAAAUUUUCUCACAAGUAUUUACCAGUAUCAGUGCUGAUGACUUUACAAAAUUGGUGUCAUUAUGUUUCACUGCGAUGGUUUUGAACGAGCUAGCAAUGGUUGGUAUAGAAAUCCACACUUGGACCAAUAUCAUGAUCUUUUCAGAAGUUGCUACGUUUGCAAUUUUUGUUGGAUCGGUUCCUGUAUUGGGUGACUACUUUGACCUAAGUUUUAUGGCAUCUGGUACUUUCUACUGGCAGUUAACAGUGAUUUUAGCUGCAUCGGUACUACCAAUAUGGAUCUCAAAACUUGUCUAUAAGAGGCUUUAUCCACCGAAUUAUGCAAAGGUUCAGGGAUACUAGUCCGAAAUUUUAUAAAUAUGUGGAUAAUGUCAAUGUAAAUCGAAGACGUAUUAUGCUUAGCCCUCAUCGUCACUAUUAUCUUCUUCGGAACUGUUUUCAGCUAUUUCGUCAACAUUGGACUUUCUACGCUGAAAGUCCUUAGCAUGAGCAUUAACAAUAGCCAUAGAAACAUUCUUAAGCACGCCAGCUGAGAUUCCUGGACGGCUCUUUCUUGAAGAAGGUGUUGUUGGAAUUUGUUGUUCCUCGUCAGCCGG